AUGGAAUUCCCGCCUCCGCCCCGACUCACCUCCCCGGACGAGGUCCUCUCGCAGGUCUUUACCGAGGGCGGGUCUGUCAGCGGCGAGCUCAUCAGGCAGCUUGGAGUCGGGGCGCAACACCCCAGCGACGACGGCAGCAGCAGGGCGCCCACGGCGGGUCUGGACCAAUUUCCCUCUGCCGGAUGUAUCUGA